GAGAAUUGGCUGCAAGAUGCAAGACGACAUCAGGACAUCGCAGUCUUUGGAAGCCUUCAAAUUGUCAUAAAGGCGAUGCGGUGGUUCCGUCGAGGUUCAGAGGCCACCAACUCACCACGCCUGCUGAGCCUGAGCCCCCUGAGGGGCACCCAGGACCCCGCCCUUGAAGACCCUGCCAAGAGUCAGCCAGCGGAGUUUUCUCCGUCGGCAUGGCGCCGACCGGAAGUGGUGGUGUCGCGCGAGCGUCCGCACACAAUCGGACGCUACUGGAGCCCGAACCGGCGCCCAAGAGUCGUCGCCACUGAGAAGCGCAACCCGCUCCUGGAGCGUGUCAAAAGCACCCGACUGUCCUGCUUUUCGUCAACCGACUUGUGUCCCGAGUGCCUGGACGAGCCGAAAAUCGCCACCGAGACCGAACAAGUGGACUUGUGUCUCUCGGCACGGCUGAGGGCCAUGUCGGAUAAAUGUCUGCGCGGCGGCGGACAGAUGUCCCGACGACUGCUGGCCCGUUUGCGAAACACCGAAGGCAAACGAUCCAAACUGAGGAGUUUCUCGUAUGGGGUGCUGCCUGGAACUGCUACAGGUGCAGACCUGGAGGACGGCGACGACGACAAACUGGACAUCAGAAGGUGGCCAGACUGUCGGCAGUGCGUUGAUGAGCACCGAGGACGAAGGGCUGUUAGUGCAGACAGAGCCCAGGCGUGGGACGACGAACUGAUAGACCUUAGACGACCCACUGAAACCACCUCAGCGCCACCUCCACCACCUCGAGCAGAAGGUCGUUGGGAGGUGCACGUAGUGCGUCUGGAGCGUCGAGGGGAUGAAGAACUAGGAGUGUACAUUGCCAAGCGGCGCCGCGGCGCCGCGUGGGGCUUCUUGGUGGCGCACGUGGCGCCGCGCAGUCUGGCUGAAAACGCCGGAUUGCGAAUAGGAGACGAGGUGGUCAAUGUGAACGGCCGGCGGCUGCGCGGGUUGGACGUGGCCGAGGCCAGGGACGCCCUCCGCUGCAGCCCAAGGGUUGUUGACCUCGUGGUGGCGAGGCAAGCCGCUGUGGCCAAGGGCGGCGCCGACGAGACGAGCGUGGACUACGAAAACCUGGGCAGCGACUCUGGAGUGGAAAGUGCGACGCCGAGAAAGUCGCGGCGCUUCCAGAAGAAGAGGCUCAGCGUUGCGCCACCGGAGGAGACGGCGGCAUUUUGCACCCUACCCAGAAGACCCCGCUCCACCCUUUGUUCGUACCUGACCGUUGUGUUUGAGAAAGGGCCGGGCAAGAAGGGUCUUGGCUUCACCAUAGUUGGCGGACGAGACUCGCCGAGAGGGGCGCUAGGCAUUUUCGUCAAGAGCAUUCUUCCAACCGGACAGGCCAUUGAAGACGGCCGACUUAGAGAAGGUGAUGAAAUUCUGGCUGUUAAUGGAGAGCCGUGUCAUGAGUUGGAACACUCGGAGGCAGUAGCUCUUUUCAAAAGUAUCAAAUCAGGUCCAGUCGCCCUGCACAUUAGCAGAAGAACCAAACAGAGUGCUACUAUGAGGGCGAAAUCAUGCACUGAUCUGUUAUCAGAAGAGUAAAGUAUCCUCUAUUCAUAGUCAAAUUAUAUGCUCAAAAGCUUUAAAACUGUAAAAUAUAAUUAUGUGUAUUUGAAUAAAUUUUGUAAUUUAACUGUGAAAAGUA